AUGCAGACCAUACAAAAAGAGAAAGAACCAGUGAUGUUUUAUGCUGUAAUUAGAGGGAAAACCUUUACUUAUAACAUUGACACAAUACUGGUGUUUGAAACCGUGAUAGUGAAUGAAGGAGGGCACUAUGAUAAAUACGAUGGUGUGUUCGUGGCUCCUCGAAAAGCAACAUAUAUGUUUUCAUGGACUGUUUCUGGAACUGGUGCAACCUACACCGUAACAGAAUUCGUAGUAGAAAACAAAGUCAUUUCUUCAGCAGGAGAGUAUCAUGGAGGAGGUACAUAUUCGUCUGGAUCAAUGACGGCGCUUUGUGAAAUGGAGAAAGGGGAUCAUGCUUGGAUUCGGUCGACUGGAGUAUCAACCGAACAUAAUUUAUACAGCCAUGACAACUAUCCUCAGUCAUCCUUCCUUGGAUUUCUUUUACUGACUGAAUGA